UAAAAGAUCGUGACCAAAGAUUCACCUGCAAGGCAUCUAUCAACAGACAGUAGAAAAUCAGCACAAGGCAGCAGCCAAGAGGAAGGAUGGACCGUGGGAAACUCCUGGAUCCCCCAUCAGACACAAGAAGCACUCCAAAAAAACACAAAAAACCUCAUGAAUGCUUAGAGUGUGGGAAAUCCUGUGCUCGCAGGUCCCUCCUUUUGACCCACAGGAAGGUCCAUGUGGGAAGUGGAUCCAGUGAAGGUUUGGAGGGCGAGAAAUCCUUCUCUGGGAAAAACUCCAAAGAUCUCAGGAGCCCCCCAACACUAAAACCCUAUAAAUGUGUGGAAUGUGGCUUAUGCCUUCGUAAAAAGUCACACCUUCUUAGUCAUCAGAAAAUCCACACUGGAGAGAAACCUUAUCAAUGUCUGGAAUGUGGGAAUUGUUUCUGUAGAAAAGCCCAUCUCAGAAUCCACGAGAGAAUCCACACAGGGCAGAAACCUUACAAGUGUUGGGAGUGUGGGAAGAGCUUUUCUCAGAAAGCUCAUCUUUGGAACCAUGAGAAGAUUCAUGCAGGAAUCAAACCUUACAAAUGCUUUGAGUGUGGAAAAUGUUUCACCCAGAGUUCAGUUCUUCGGAGUCAUGUGAAAACACACACACGGGAUAAAAACGAAAAGUGCCUCGAAUGCGGGAAAUGUUUUACCUUGAAAUCAACUCUGGUGCAACAUCAGAGAAUUCACACUGGAGAGAGACCCUAUGAAUGCCCAGAAUGUGAGAAACGAUUUGUAAAUUCUUCUCAUCUUCAGAGACACCAGAAGGGACACAAAAAGGAAAAACCCUAUGAAUGUAGGGACUGUGGGAAAAGUUUUGUUAUACGAAGAGACCUUCAGAUUCAUCAGAGAAUCCACACAGGGGAGAAGCCGUACAAGUGUGAGGAGUGUGGGAAAUGCUUCUCCCAAAAAAACAACCUUGGAAGGCAUCAGAGGGUCCACACAGGAGAGAAGCCCUACAGAUGCAUAGAAUGUGGAAAAUCUUUUGCUCAUAGUGGAGCCCUUUGCAGCCACCAUAAAACCCACACAGGGGAGAAACCACAUCAAUGCAACGAAUGUGGAAGUUUUUAUCGUACUUCAUCAGCCCUUAGAAGUCAUGUGAAAACUCACACAGGAGAAAAAAACUACAAAUGUUUGGACUGUGGGAAAGCAUUUUCUAAUUCAUCUUCCCUUAGAAUACACAGCCGAAUCCAUACAGGAGAAAAGCCCCAUAAAUGCUCAGAGUGUAAUAAAUGUUUUUCUCAGAAACAUUCUCUUGAGACGCAUCAGAGAAUCCACACUGGAGAAAAACCAUAUAAAUGUCUGAAAUGUGAAAAACCUUUUGCUGGAUCUUCAGCACUGCGCAAGCACUCCAGAAGUCACAGAGGAGAGUGGCCUUACAAGUGUGCAGAGUGUGAGAAACCAUUUCAUUGCAAAUCACAGUUAAAAUUGCACCAGAAAGUCCAUAACAGAGAUGAACCUGUUUAGUUGUUAACAAUGUGGAUUUUUUUUUUAACGUCACAUGUUAUAAUUUACCAGGAACUGAGUUAUAUGUGUGUUGGCAGAGAACUGGAAGUCUUUUAUUUUUUACCAUAAAUGGGAAUGGAUUUCUAAUCAUAAGUUGCUACAAUCAUCAUCUGUACCCAGAUACCCUUGUUAUUUUUUACUAGCCCUUGUUAAUGAAUAGGGAGAACUGAAGAUUUAGAGAGGAGAAAAAUGGGUUGAGGGUGGAAUGAAGAUGCAUCUUAUUAUUCCAUUUAUUGAUAAAGGGUUGAUGUUGAAUAUGCUGCCAGAGGAUGAAGAGGAAACAUUUAUUUUUCCUAUCAUCUUUUUGGGAGGGAUUUUUUCUUUUUUCACAUUGUUUUUUCAUACGUUCACGCACAUACAUGCAAACUAUUCACAACCAUACUAGUACACAGUUGUAUUGAAGGUCUUUGUUUGAUCGGUAUAUAUAAUUCAUUAAUAAAAUUAUUAUUCAAAAUAACGAAAAGUGUUUUUUAGAGCAUGGACUGCAUGGUCAAAAGACUCGAGAAGGCAGUCAGAUGGUGCCAUGCUCUGCAGAAAAAGUCUUGCUGCUUUCUAGCUUUAUGUGUGUUUCCCUUUAAAACAGUCGCCAUCUUGGUUCUUUUGGCUCCCUCCUCCCUCGCUGGAUACUUCCGACUUUGGGAUUGAAUGAAAAGGAGCAGAUUUUCCAUUAACUUUAGGAAAAAUCUCUUGGCGAUUCGGAUGGAGCCCCUGCUCUUAAGGGCAGAUGAUGGGUGGCUGCCUAAAUGUGCCUGACACGCUCGGGAUUAAUGGGACCCCAUCUCACUUAGGACAUUCAGGCCCCCUUGGCUUUUGCCCAUUUUGUUAUGCUGCAGCCUGAUUGUGCAGUUGUUGAAUUUCAUUUUUUUUCUCAUUAAAUCUACACUCGGUGCCCCCUAAUGAGAAAUGAGAACAAAAUUUAAGAAAUGUUGUCAAGGGAAUUUAAAAAAAAAACCUGAAAUGAGACAUUGGCAUAAGUAUUCAGACCCUUCACUCAGUUACUUUGUUGAAGCACCUUUGGCAGCAGUUACAGCCUCCAGUCUUUUUGUAUAUAACGUGACAAGAUUUGCACAUCUGGAUCAGGGGAUUUUCUGCCCUUCUAUCUUGCAAAUCCUCUCCAGCUCAGUCAGGUUGGAUGGUGACCGUC